AUGAACUUGGAGUCUGUCCGGUGGGGCACCGCUGUGCCAUAUAAGGAUGGCAUCGGGCCGGCCGAUUCGCUUCAGUCCGUGGCUGCAACGAUGGCUCCUGACUGCUGCCUCGUCAGGGCUAGUACUGGCGUUGCGAUCUUGCUUCUUCUGCUUCUUCUCUCCUUGGACGCGAGCGCGUUAAUGGAUACCGUCCACCACCGUCCCUGGGACGCCACGGUGGUCGCCAUCGACAUCGGCAACACCAAUUCAUGCGUCGCCGGCUACGCCGACGGCAGGGCCCAGACCAUGUUCCAGCUCUGCAUCCCCUCAUGGGUCGCCUUCACUGGAAACGGCACGCUCCUCGUCGGCGACGACGCAAGAAACCACGCUGCUGUUAACCCAGGAUCUGCCAUCUUCGGCUUCAAGCGUCUCCUCGGGAAAAGAUGGAACCACUGGUAUGACACAGAUGUUGUGCAGAGACUGAUCAAGACCGUGCCAUACAAGCUCGUGGAGAAGAACUCAAACCCUCACAUACAAGUGAAGCUCAAUGGUGGCGCGGCCAAGGAGUACGGCGCCGAGCAGAUCACUGCCAUGAUUAUCGCCAAGCUGAGGGAGGCAGCCGAGGCGUACAUCGGCCGCGAUGUCCGCUACGCCAUCUUCACCGUCCCGCAGCACUACAACCAGGCGCCGACGGAGUCCACGCGCUAUGCCGGCCAGAUCGCCGGCGUGCGUGCCACGAGGAUGCUCGACGAGCCCAUCGCCGCCGCUGUCGCUUACGGCCUCCACCAGAAGCUCCGCGAAGAGGGCAACGUCCUCGUCCUCCACGUAGGCGGCGGCACAGCUGAGGCGAGCGUCCUGACGCUGGUGGACGGCGUGUUCCAGUUCUACUCGGCGCGCCACGACCUGUUCCUUGGAGGAGACGACUUCGAUCAGAGGAUCGUGGACCACUUCGUCGCACUGAUCAAGCAGAAGCACGGCAAGGACAUUAGCAACGACAAGGAAGCACACGGAAAGCUCAGAGCAGCGUGCGAGCAGGCCAAGAAGGUGUUGAGCACUCGACGCCACGCGCAGCUCGCCAUCGAAUCACUCGUGGACGGCCUCGAUUUCAUGGAGACGCUGACCCGGGCCAAGUUUGAGGAGCUGAACCACGAUUUGUUCCUCAAAGUCAUAGCCUUGUUGGACAGGGUCAUGGUGGAGGCUGAACUGGAGAAGAAGAGGAACAUGGUUGAUGAGAUCCUUCUCAUCGGCGGGAGCACCAUGAUCCCCAAGAUUCAGAGGCUCGUCAGGGACUAUUUUGACGGGAAGGUGGUAAAUGCGAGUCUGAAGCCUGAUGAAGUGGUCACCCUUGGAGCUGCUCUGCUUACCCAUCCCUCGGCAGAUGGAUAG